GGCUCUCCGCUGCGGACCUUGCGCGGGCUCCUGCGGGAGCUCCGCCACGCCAGCGGCCGGGCGGGCCGCACCUACCGCGACACGGCCGCCUACCAGCACAUCGUUGCGGCCUUCCGCGCCCACCGGGUCACCAGCGAGAAGCUGUGCCGGGCCCAGCAGGAGCUGCACUUCCAGGCCGCCACCUACCUCUGCCUGCUCCGCAGCGUCCGGGAGCACACGGCCCUUCAUCAGGAGUAUCAUGGCAAGGGCGAGCGCUCGCCUGAGGAGGUCGCCGGCCUGGUGGGCUUCAGGCUGCCUCAGCAGCCGGGAGGGAAGGGUUAAGAUAAUUCUGCUGCGUUACCUAUUCCUGAAUAAACAUCCUAGAAUUAUCGGAA